GUAGAGCAAGCCUUCUUAAUUCGCUUGAUCCGUCCAGAGCUCCUUCUGCCCAUAGGAGCCAUGAGUGUGCAGUAAUGUGAUUUUUCCAUGGGAUGACUAGUGACGACACAUGGAAUCUGGAGAGCUGGGGCUGGACAGUGCUAUCCAGCUACUCCUCUUCCAUCGACUUUGAGAGGGAUCUCAGGACUGGGCCCAUCUGUGAGUCACCCAGGAUGUCCAGACGCAGUCUCCGUCUGCACACCAGCACAAGUCACUAUGGGGAAGACAGCCUGCUUGACCACCACAGCGCCUCCUACAGCCGUGAAAAGACUCUGAAGAGCAGAAGAUCCUGUCAUUCUGUUUCAGGGACAGCACCAAAUUUUCAAACUCCGAGGUUUGCCUCAACAUCAGUCCUGCAGGCACAUAACAGCACCCUGAACAGCUGUGCGCCCAGUGAUGCCUCUCUGCUGUCCUCUUUGCUGGAUGAGUCCUCCAUACAGGAGCGCACACUGGUUGACAGCUUCUGGGGUUUAGAUGAAGAAUGUGAAAUCCAUGACCAACCCAUCAUUUCACAACUCAUCACAAUGGAAGCCAAGAUGCAGACCUCCACAACACAGAAUGGCCACAUCUCCAAAGACUGCACCAUCCCGUCUCCCUCCAAGAACGACAGCUCCCUUAAUAAUGCUGCUGUACAUCAGGCAUCUUUUACAGAGGCUCCCAACACUGCCACAACAUUGUACUGCAGGGACAAGAAUCGCAAAUAUAAACCAGGUGUACUGGGGAAGUUGUCUGAGAUGUGCCUAAAUUUCAGCAUCAGAAUUCUUGCACUUGUAGUGUACAUAUUCACACUGCUUAUACAGGUGCCUCUGCUCAAAGGUCUGGUGUUAUCGGUAUCGCUCUGGUGUGUGCGAGUGGCUAAGGCAAUUGCUCACUCCUCAACCACUUUGCUCAGGAAGGCACUCAUGUCUGUGCGGCAAAUGAAAGCCGCCUGCUGCCGUGCUAAGAGAGGCAAUCAGAAAUACAUCAGCACUAUGAGUGUUAAAGAGGUGGUGCUUCAAAAGGAGCAACCAAAGUUCAGCGGCGUACUGUGGAGGGCAGCCUCAAAUAGCAUCUUGUGGCUAGUCAAUCUCUUCACAACGUGUCUGCCUAUGCUUUCAAAAGUCCUGUUUCUUCUUCCUUUACUUCUGUUCCUCGCUCUAUACUAUUGGGGGCCAUCUGGACUGAUAGCCAUGCUGCCUGCAACUAAUUUGAUGAGGGACAGCUCCCACCUCAGUCCUCCAACAGCCUCCAUGCAUGGCUUAGAUGAGGGACAAACUACUACUGACACAGACUCCCAGAGGCCAUCAGUGGUGUCUUCAGUAGAGGCAGAGAGGCUGAUGCGUUUGGAGGAGAGCGUGUCUCAGCUGUGGGAUCGAGUGGCUGGAGGUUUGCUCAGGCAGGAGGAGCAACACACUGAAAUGCUCAGCCUGUAUAACACCCUGCGCUCCGAGAUUCACGGAUACACUGACAGAGAGAGUCUGGGCAAGUGGAUUGGAGAUCUGUUGGAGGAGAGAUUCAGCCUUCUGAAAGGAGAAGUACAGAAAGAGGCCAAGUAUACACAGCAGCGUCAGGAAAAGCAUGCAGAAGAGCGUCAGUCAGAGAACACUCGACUCGCUGAAGCUGAGGCUUUACUCCAGACGCUUGCACGCAGAACUGAGGAGCUGCAGAGAAAACAAGAGCCCACACUCAGAAAGGUUCCUGAGGCAGAGGCGCCUAGCCCUGAUCCUCAAAGAGAGGAGGCUGAGAGCAGCUCUGCUGAGGCUCUUCUGGUAGAGGUGAGGCGUCUAGAAGACGCUUUGGAGAGGAUCAGAGAUGAUGUACAGGGGCUGAUGAAAUGCAGAGACAAAUGUGAGCAACUGGACUCCUUAAGCUCAGUAUCUGCACAGGUGAAGGAGGAAAUAAAGUCUUUGUUUUAUGGCAAUGAUGGAGCAGCAGAGCUGGAGCUUCCAGAAUCUCUCCUGCAGUGGAUCUCGGAUCACUUUGUGAGCACUUCUGAACUGCAGACCUCACUCAGUGCAUUGGAGAGCAGCAUUCUGGGUAACCUGUCCCUUCAGGUAGAAGAGGGCCAGUCACCUUCUAAAGAGACGAUCACCAAAACUGUACUAAAUGCCGCAGGGGAGGCAGGCCUCUCUGAGGAACAUGUACAGCUGAUUGUCACCAAUGCAAUAAAGCUCUACUCUGAGGACCGCAUUGCUAUGGUGGACUAUGCAUUGGAAUCUGGAGGAGGAAGCAUCAUAAGCACACGUUGUUCAGAGUCCUUCAACACCAAAACUGCACUGCUGAGUCUGUUUGGCCUCCCGCUGUGGUACUUCUCUCAGUCACCACGUGUAGUCAUACAGCCAGAAGUGCAUCCAGGCAACUGCUGGGCAUUUAAAGGUUCAACUGGAUAUAUAGUGAUUGGAUUGUCCAUGAAGAUUGUGCCAACAGCCUUUACACUGGAACAUGUGGCUAAAUCUCUGUCGCCCACUGGAAACAUCAGCAGUGCCCCACGAGAAUUCAAUGUAUAUGGUCUUGAUGAUGAGCAGCAGGAAGAGGGGCAGUUGCUGGGACAGUACGUUUAUGAAGAAGAUGGGGAUUCUCUUCAGACCUUUCUGGUCUCUGAUGAGGUCUCGAGUGCUUUCCAGAUCAUUGAGAUGAGAGUGCUGUCUAACUGGGGGAAUCCUGAAUACACAUGCGUGUACCGUUUCCGGGUGCAUGGGAAAACUUCUUAACCCAAUGAAUUGCAAGCACUUGGGACAUUACGAACUCCUGACAGUUUGUCACCUGACUGAGAAAAAUAAUGUGCCAUAGAGCUAUCCGUUUGGUCCUGAGCUGACCCUAGGGCGUCUGCUAUAUAUGAUUGCAUGCUGGAACAUGUACUGUUAAGCCUCAGGGCCACACUCAGCACUUGCACUCUCGUCUCAUCCUGAUGCAUUGCACACAUUUUCCUCUUUUAUCAGGUUAUUUUUCUGUGGAAUAACUAUUAUUAAUAUAUUAUUAAUAUUAUUAUAUAUUUGUAGAACUGUCACCAGCAAAGAAAUGCAUUGACAAUUCUCUGCACGACAAACAAACCGCUGAAGAUUGUAUUGUAGACUGAAUGUAAAUCUUAAUAAGUUCUUCAGUUUUGUGCUUUUUGUUUUGCCUUUUUUCUUUUACUCUUUUUGUUUGUUUGUUUGUUUUUGCUAGCUGACAUGUGCCCUAUUUAAAAAUCGCUAUUUAUUUUUGUGGAUUUAAGUUUACGCAAGCGACUUGGAUUGUGUAUUUUUGUACGUGCUUUUCGUGAUCUUUAUGCAACGGAUUUUGUUAUUGCCAUGUGAUCUUUAUAUGCUGGCUUUUCAAAUAAAAUUCAUGACUUUUUUUUAUUUUAA